UUUAAAAUUUUUAAUAUUAUUUUCGCCGUACAAAGAGGACGCUCGGAAUUCACCGGCCUGACGGCUCCCGAGAGGGACCCGGGAAUUGUGCGGUCGCUUUCCUUCACCCGCUUUUUUCUUUUUCUUUUUUUUUUUUUUUUGGUUCGGUAGGUUUGGUUUUUUGUUUGUCUUGACUGGGGGCUUUUUAUUUUUAUUGCUCUCCUUACCGUUCCUCGCUGAGCAGCGGCAGCAGCAGCAAUAUGGCUGGUGAUGGGCUUUUUGGGGGGCGCUGGCGGCGGGAGGAGCUCUCGGAAGCCCCUGCGCGCCCGGCUCGCUGUUAGCUAUGGCAAAUGGCAGCGGCGGCGGCUCCUACCCGGGCGGCAGCGGCAGCGGCAUUAGAAUGAGUAACAAUAUCAACGCCAACAAUCUCAACACAGACUCGUCCUCCUCCCCCGUCAAUGUGCCCAAGAUGGAUGCGCUCAUCAUCCCGGUGACCAUGGAGGUGCCCUGCGAUAGCCGCGGACAGCGCAUGUGGUGGGCUUUCCUCGCCUCAUCCAUGGUUACUUUCUUUGGGGGACUGUUUAUCAUCCUGCUCUGGAGGACCCUCAAGUACCUGUGGACUGUCUGCUGCCACUGCGGGGUCAAAAACAAGGAGGCCCAGAAGAUCAAUGGUGGUGGAGAUACACAGGCAGAUGGAGCCUGCAAACCAACAGAUGAAAAAGAGGAGAAUGUGGCAGCAGAAGUGGGAUGGAUGACGUCUGUGAAGGAUUGGGCAGGAGUCAUGAUAUCUGCCCAGACAUUAACUGGCAGAGUACUUGUUGUCUUAGUCUUCGCUCUUAGUAUUGGUGCUCUUGUAAUAUACUUCAUAGAUUCAUCAAAGAGCCGUACAGCAGACUCAUUGAUCCCAAUAGAAUCCUGCCAGAAUUUCUACAAAGAUUUCACAUUACAGAUCGACAUGGCUUUCAAUGUGUUCUUCCUACUCUACUUCGGCUUGCGUUUUAUAGCAGCCAAUGACAAGCUAUGGUUUUGGCUAGAAGUUAACUCAGUGGUAGAUUUCUUCACGGUCCCUCCAGUAUUUGUGUCAGUAUAUUUAAACAGAAGUUGGCUUGGUUUAAGAUUUUUAAGAGCCCUUAGACUGAUACAGUUUUCAGAAAUCUUGCAGUUUCUGAAUAUACUUAAAACAAGUAAUUCCAUCAAGCUAGUGAAUCUGUGCUCUAUAUUUAUCAGCACGUGGCUGACAGCAGCUGGGUUCAUACAUUUGGUGGAGAACUCAGGGGAUCCAUGGGAAAAUUUCCAAAAUAAUCAACCGCUGACAUAUUGGGAAUGUGUUUAUUUGCUGAUGGUUACAAUGUCCACUGUUGGCUAUGGAGAUGUUUAUGCAAAAACAACCCUUGGUCGCCUUUUCAUGGUCUUCUUCAUCCUUGGGGGAUUGGCCAUGUUUGCCAGCUACGUCCCUGAAAUCAUAGAGUUAAUAGGAAACCGCAAGAAAUAUGGUGGUUCCUAUAGUGCGGUUAGUGGAAGAAAGCACAUAGUUGUCUGUGGUCACAUAACACUUGAAAGUGUGUCGAACUUCCUGAAGGACUUCCUGCACAAGGAUAGGGAUGAUGUCAAUGUAGAAAUCGUCUUUCUGCAUAAUAUCUCCCCUAACCUUGAGCUGGAAGCUCUUUUUAAACGACACUUCACUCAGGUGGAAUUUUAUCAGGGUUCAGUCCUUAAUCCCCAUGACCUGGCGAGAGUAAAGAUAGAGUCAGCAGAUGCGUGCCUAAUCCUUGCCAAUAAAUACUGCGCUGACCCAGAUGCUGAAGAUGCCUCCAAUAUUAUGAGAGUUAUAUCCAUAAAGAAUUACCAUCCGAAGAUAAGAAUUAUCACUCAGAUGUUGCAGUACCACAAUAAGGCCCAUCUAUUAAAUAUCCCAAGCUGGAACUGGAAAGAAGGGGACGAUGCAAUCUGUCUUGCUGAGCUGAAGCUGGGUUUCAUAGCCCAGAGCUGCCUGGCACCGGGCCUUUCAACAAUGCUAGCCAACCUCUUCUCUAUGAGGUCAUUCAUAAAGAUUGAGGAGGAUACGUGGCAGAAAUACUACCUGGAAGGAGUUGCAAAUGAAAUGUAUACAGAAUAUCUGUCUAGUGCCUUUGUGGGUUUGUCCUUCCCUGCAGUUUGUGAACUGGUGUUUGCGAAACUAAAGCUCUUAAUGAUAGCCAUAGAAUACAAGUCGGAAAAACGCGAAAGCAGAAGCCGAAAGCGUAUACUAAUCAAUCCUGGAAACCAUGUCAAGAUUCAAGAAGGUACCUUAGGAUUCUUCAUUGCAAGUGAUGCCAAAGAAGUAAAAAGGGCAUAUUUUUACUGCAAGGCCUGUCAUGAUGAUAUCACAGAUCCCAAAAGGAUAAAAAAAUGUGGCUGCAAACGGCAAGUAAAGAAUGCAGCUAGAUCAAGUUACCCAAAAUGUUCAUAUCAAUUCAAGAAUGCAACUACUAAUGCAUUGAUUGAUGCCAAGUCCACUGAAGGAAUCCCGGAACCUGUUCCACUUGUUAAUAACCGUAAAGGGAGCCUCUUCCUACCCAACAACCCCUCGCUGCUGCACCUUAACUUACUGAGUUCUGUUGAACAAGGAAAAUCUACCUACUGUAGAUUGCAAAGGGCACUCAGCUUGCCUGUAAAAUACCGCUACCACUCCCAAAAGCCUGGGUUGAACCAAGAUCUCCUUGAAGAUGAGCAGCCGUCGACACUAUCACCCAAAAAAAAGCAGCGAAAUGGAGGCAUGCGAAAUUCACCCAACUCCUCACCCAAACUGAUGAGGCAUGACCCCUUGUUAAUUCCUGGCAACGAACAGAUUGACAAUAUGGAUGCCAACGUGAAAAAAUACGACUCUACAGGGAUGUUUCAUUGGUGUCCAGCCAAAGACAUUGAAAAGGUCAUUUUGACUCGAAGUGAAGCAGCGAUGACAGUUUUAAGUGGGCAUGUAGUCGUUUGCAUAUUUGGGGAUGUUAAAUCUGCUUUGAUUGGAUUAAGAAAUUUAGUGAUGCCAUUACGAGCCAGCAACUUUCACUACCAUGAACUCAAGCACAUUGUGUUUGUGGGUUCACUUGAAUACCUGAGAAGGGAAUGGGAGACACUGCAUAACUUCCCCAAGGUUUCAAUCUUGCCUGGUACACCAUUAAGUCGGGCUGAUUUAAGGGCUGUCAACAUCAACCUCUGCGACAUGUGCGUUAUCCUGUCAGCCAAUCAGAAUAAUAUUGAUGAUGCUUCGCUGCAGGACAAGGAAUGCAUCUUGGCGUCACUCAACAUCAAAUCUAUGCAGUUUGAUGACAGCAUUGGGGUCUUGCAGGCUAAUUCCCAAGGCUUUACACCCCCUGGGAUGGAUAGGACAUCUCCAGACAACAGUCCAGUCCAUGGCCUUUUACGUCAGCCCUCCAUUACAACAGGAGCCAACAUCCCUAUUAUAACUGAGCUAGCUAAGCCUGGCAAACUUCUGCCUUUGGUUUCAAUCAGUCAGGAAAAAAACAGUGGGACCCACAUUCUAAUGAUAACUGAACUGGUAAAUGAUUCAAAUGUUCAGUUCUUGGACCAAGAUGACGAUGACGAUCCCGACACAGAACUGUACCUCACGCAGCCCUUCGCAUGUGGAACCGCAUUCGCUGUCAGCGUGCUGGACUCUCUCAUGAGUGCAACAUACUUCAAUGACAAUAUCCUCACACUGAUACGGACAUUGGUAACAGGAGGAGCCACACCAGAGCUGGAAGCACUGAUUGCUGAGGAAAAUGCAUUGAGAGGAGGUUACAGCACGCCCCAGACACUUGCAAACAGGGACAGGUGUCGAGUUGCUCAGUUGGCUUUGUAUGAUGGGCCAUUUGCAGACCUAGGGGAUGGAGGUUGUUACGGAGAUCUGUUUUGUAAAGCACUGAAAACAUACAAUAUGCUUUGCUUUGGAAUUUAUCGAUUAAGGGAUGCACAUCUAAGUACUCCCAGCCAAUGCACUAAACGCUACGUUAUCACAAACCCACCAUAUGAAUUUGAGCUUGUGCCGACGGACUUGAUCUUCUGUUUGAUGCAAUUUGACCACAACGCUGGCCAGUCCCGAGCCAGUCUUUCUCAUUCCUCCCAUUCCUCCUAUUCUUCCAGCAAGAAGAGCUCAUCAGUUCACUCUAUCCCAUCAACAGCAAACCGACCGAACCGCACCAAGACCAGGGAUUCCCGGGACAAACAGAAUGCAACAAGGAUGAAUAGAAUGGGCCAAGCAGAAAAGAAAUGGUUUACAGAUGAGCCGGAUAAUGCCUACCCCAGAAACAUUCAAAUCAAGCCCAUGAGCACUCACAUGGCCAAUCAGAUCAAUCAAUACAAAUCAACAAGCAGCUUGAUACCACCAAUACGAGAAGUUGAAGAUGAAUGUUGACUCCUUCGAAGCCAGAACUAUUUUUUUAAAGCCUGACAAACUUCAUGAAUGGUGAUGUGACAUUUAUUCCUCUUACUUGCUGAACCACUGAUGGAGAAGUUAAGAAGGGCACGCUUAAUGGGAAAAUAAAGUAGACAGAUCUUUGUUUGUCUGCCUUUAAUAUUGCUUCCACGUAUUUUGGAAACUAUUUCAUUUAUAAAUGAACAUAAUCAAAACUAGUCAUGUAUAGCCUCUAGCAUUUUAAAUUAUUUUUAUUUAUUAGAAAAUAUAUUUUUUCUUUUUUUUUUUUUCAUUGUUAAGUAUUUUCCCUUAAAACAAUGGCAUAUGUGGCCAGACUCCUAAGAAUUAAAAAAACCCAACAGACCCUCAGUCUCUGGCUUAAAGGAGAAUGAUGGUCACAGUUAUAAGGGUGUAUAAUUAAGGGAGACAAAUGAUAUAUUUACAGAAAGGAAAAAAAAGGUCCAACUUGUA